UUUCGGACUCGGAAUGCCAAUUACUCCUGUAGGGGAUAGACUGGCGCUUGUUGAGGCUCGUCUAUACUAAUAUGCGCGAGGCAUGGUUCACCUGAUCCUGUAUCCACGAUAAAGCGACAUCUAACAUGCUGAAGUCAAUCACCAGCUACUCCAGCCUAGCAAUCUUGCGGCGCUCACAUGUAUCAUCUAUUUACAAGAGUGGAGUCAGGUUAGCCUCCUUGCACUCUACGCCCGCAAUCCAAAGAGAGGGCCUGGGAGAUUUUUCAUUAACAGACCGGGUUGCGAUUGUCACUGGAGGCAACCGUGGUCUCGGACUCGAGGCUGCAUUCGCGCUCUCUACGGCUGGUUCGCGUGUAGUAUAUUGUUUGGAUCUCCCGGAGAAGCCAGGUGAAGAUUGGAACGCCGCUCGCCAGAGCCUGGCAAAACUUGAGGGUGCAGGAAGACUCGAAUAUGUGACUAAUGAUGUCCGCGAUCAGAAAAAGCUGCUCCAAACGGUAGAAGAAAUUGCAACAAAGGAGGGGAGGAUGGAUAUUUGUGUCGCAUCAGCAGGGGUCACUGGAGCCGCGCGGCCUUGCUUGGAGUAUACAGAAGAAGAGCUCGAAGAGGUUUAUGCUGUAAACCUCAAAGGAGUGUUCUUUAGUGCUCAAGCUGCUGCAAGGCAAAUGCAUCGGUUCCAAACACCGGGAAGCAUUAUUCUCCUGGGCUCCAUCGCUGGCAGUGUUGCUCUGAAGCACACGCCAGUACUUCCGUACAAUACUAGCAAGGCUGCAGUGAUACAAAUGGCUCGUGUCAUGGCAUGUGAACUUGCACCAAACAACAUCAGGGUGAACUCGUUAUCACCAGGUUAUAUUGAGACACCCAUGACGACAGCAAUAAUUUCUGCGCGACCGGAAUUUCAAGCUAUAUGGUCAGAGCAAAGCGCUAUGAAUCGACUUGGAAAGCCUCACGAACUACGUGGAAUUAUAACGUGGCUGGCAUCUGACGCAUCGAGUUUUUGCACGGGAAGCAACAUUGUUGUCGACGGUGGAUAUACCGCAUGGUAGAGCCGAAUUGAGUUCUGAAUUGAUUCUAUGUAUAUGUACUUGGGAGAACUUUGGAGUCGUCUAUAUUAUGAAAGCAUUGCCACUGUUAUCUUAUCUUAUCUCCUAGG